AUGAAGGUCUACCAGAUCGUGCUCUCUCUACUGGCUUUGGGGGUUGGCUUGCACGCCGCAGACCCUGACCCCAAUGAGUUUCCAUCGUCAGCUAUUUCGUGUCUGCAGCAGCUGUUUCAAGGGGAGUGGAACACAACGACAUACCUCUGCGCCGAGAAGGCCCGGCAGACUGCCCUAGUGGACUGCGUCGCCAAGAAUGGUACAACCAAGGAAGAAUUCAUCACGCAGCGAUUGACCGAAGAAUCCUGCAAUAUCACACCCCGCCCAGGGCCGCCUCUCAUUGAGGGCUCGACUCUAGCUCCCCUCAUUCUGGCCACCUUUUUCUUCACCGUCCGUAUCGGUGCCAAAAGCUUCAGCCUGGGUGGUGGUUGGGGGUGGGAUGACCUGACCAUCAUCAUUUCAUACGUCAUGGGUUUGGCCAUGUUCGUUCUCAAUGUCUAUAUGAUCAAAUAUGGCUUCGGCAAGAAUAUCUGGGAUAUCCCCUUCGCUGAUGUCACUCAAUUUUACAAGUAUUUUCAAGGUUUCGCCGUGAUGUACAAGAUCCAAAUCUCCCUCGCCAAGAUAUCCGUCUGUCUGUUCUUGCUGCGGAUCUUCCAAUCCCGCAUGUUCCGCACGCUGGCAUACACGCUCAUCGGUAUCAACGCAUCGAUUGGAAUCACAUGGGCACUUGUGGACGGGCUGAGAUGCACUCCGGUCCAUUUAGCGUGGGAUGGCUGGAAGAAUGAGGAUCCCGGAACAUGCAUUGAUUUCAUUGCUGCCAUCUUGGGCAACUGCUUGGUGAAUAUCAUUGUCGACGCCAUCAUGGUCUUGAUGCCGGUCUAUGAAGUGAGCAAGCUGCAGCUGCCAUUGUACAAGAAGCUCAGCGUCGGUCUGAUGUUCGUGAUGGGAUCGGUUUUGACUAUCAUCGGCAUCAUCCGAGUAGUCGUAUUCUGGAACAACCGCUGGGGCCAGAAUCAGACCGCUGGUAUAUAUCCUCUGAUCCACUGGUCCGUCAUCGAGUCGCAAGUUGCUAUCAUCUGCGCCUGUCUCCCGUCCUCCCGCGCUCUGCUUAACCACUUCUUCCCCGGCGUUUUCAGCGGGUCGACCAAACGCACGUAUGCCACCGGACCGAGCAACUGGUACGCCAAGGGCCAGUCGAAUGGACAGAGCAAGAUCAACAAAUCGGUCAGCUACACGGUUCAGUACUCGUCAACGUCGCAGAGGGAUUCGUCCCAUAGGGAUGAUUCGAAUGAUUCGAACAGUGUGGUGCAAUUAGUUGACCUUGAUACGAAACGAAAUUAUUAG